UUUUACCAAGAGAACCUCAAAAAUAUGUUAAUAAGCGGAACCAUUUGUCAACGGAAGAGCCCGACUGCGCCAACACGGACUGUUUUUGUGUAGCACACCAGAACACGGAAGUGAAGCGCUGCUCCUGUGUCUGUUGAUGUUGUCGUCUUCGCACCGGGCAGAGAAGUUAAUAUUUGGGACAUAAUGGCGGUGAGCGCCGUCCACCUGGAGUCAGACGCCUUCCUGGUAUGUAUGAAUCACGCGCUCAGCACAGAGAAAGAGGAAGUGAUGGGUUUGUGCAUCGGAGAGGUGGAGACUACCCGGAUCGUCCACAUCCACUCCGUCAUCAUCCUCCGCCGCUCGGACAAGAGGAAGGACCGGGUAGAGAUCUCCCCGGAGCAGCUGUCAGCAGCCUCCACGGAGGCGGAGAGGCUGGCCGACAUGACCGGCAGGCCGAUGCGGGUGGUCGGCUGGUACCACUCCCACCCGCACAUCACCGUGUGGCCCUCCCAUGUUGACGUGAGGACCCAGGCGAUGUACCAGAUGCUGGACCAGUGCUUCGUGGGCCUCAUCUUCUCCUGCUUCAUAGAGGACAAAAACACCAAAACGGGCCGGGUGCUGUACACCUGCUUCCAGUCCGCGCAGGCGCAGAAGGGCUCCGAGUACGAGCGGGUGGAGAUCCCCAUCCACGUCGUGCCCCGGGAGGCCAUCGGUAAGGUGUGCUUGGAGUCGGCCGUGGAGCUCCCGCGCAUCCUGUGUCAGGAGGAGCAAGACACGUACCGGAAGAUCCACAGCCUGGCGCACCUGGACCCGGUCACCAAGAUCCACAACGGCUCGGUGUUCACCAAGAACCUGUGCAGCCAGAUGUCGGCGGUGAGCGGGCCGCUGCUGCAGUGGCUGGAGGACCGGCUGGAACAGAACAAGCAGAGCAUCGUGGAGCUGCAGCAGGAGAAGGAGAGGCUGCUGCAGGAGCUGGCUGCUCUGUGAGCCGGGGGGACAGCGAGGGUGGAGGAGGACGGUGUGGAGGACACCAUCGGUUCUUCUUCUGUUGUUGGACUAAAGAAACGAUCUGCUGUUUUUCCUGUUGGCUUCUUCACCAUUUUCUUGCCUUCCAUGGAGGUACAACAGUGUCACUAAGUUUUGGCAUUGAAAACAAAAUUUGGCAUUGAAAACGAUAAUAUUGGCCCAAAAAAAAUAAAUAAAUUGAAAAACAAAACACAAGCAUAAAAAUGUAUUUUAUUAUUUAUAUUUUUUGCCUGAUUUUCUUAAUUUUUUUAGUGUCAUUUAAAAAAAAAUUGCAGGGAAAUAUUAAACAUAAAGAGAAUAUCAUGAAGAAAAAAAUGAAAGAUUGUCAUUGAAAACGCAUUGGAAUACAAACAAUAUUAGAAUAAAAUAAAAAAUAAUUUCAAUGCCUGUGUUUUAUUUUUCAGUGAAUUUUUUUCAGCGCCAAUGUUUUCUUUCUCACUGCCAAAAUUUAUUUUUGAUGCCAAAAUCACUGUUCUAGAUCCAUAUUUUUGAACCUCAAUACUUUUGCUGUACCAGCCGAGAAGUGUCCAUAAUGUAAAGUAUUGAAAAAUGUCUAAUAGCAAAUGUUUGCAUUAAAUGUCAGGUAAAAAUCAAAGUCCUGAUUACUUCUU